CGCCCCGCCCCUUCCAGCGGUGGGGUUUCCGCGCGCCCGAUUUGCCGCGGUAAAGUUGUCGGAUUCCCGCGGGCUGUCACUAUGUCCGGCUUCGACGACCCCGGUGUUUACUACAGCGACAGUUUUGGGGGGGACGCGUCUGUGGACGAUGGUCAGGUUCGGAAGUCGCAGCUGCAGAAGCGGUUCAAAGAGUUCCUGCGACAGUACCGAGUGGGCACGGACCGGACGGGCUUUACCUUCAAAUACAGGGAUGAGCUGAAACGGCACUAUAACCUUAGUCAGUACUGGGUAGAGGUGGAGAUGGAAGACUUGGCCAGCUUUGACGAAGAUCUCGCUGAUUAUCUGUACAAGCAACCAGCAGAGCACCUGCAGCUGUUGGAAGAAGCAGCAAAAGAAGUUGCAGAUGAAGUGACUCGUCCUCGUCCUUCAGGAGAGGAAGCUCUUCAAGACAUUCAGGUCAUGCUGAGAUCUGAUGCCAACGCAGCCAACAUCCGCAGCCUGAAGUCUGACCAGAUGUCCCACCUUGUGAAGAUCCCUGGAAUUGUAAUUGCAGCAACCCCUGUGAGAGCCAAAGCCACCAAAAUAGCCAUCCAGUGCCGCAGCUGCCGUAACACCAUCAGCAACAUCGCGGUGCGCCCAGGCCUGGAGGGUUAUGCUCUCCCCAGGAAAUGCAACACAGAACAAGCUGGCCGCCCAAAGUGCCCGCUGGACCCGUAUUUCAUCAUGCCAGAUAAGUGCAAGUGUGUGGACUUCCAGGUCCUGAAGCUACAGGAGUCCCCAGAUGCUGUGCCACACGGGGAGAUGCCCCGGCACUUGCAGCUGUACUGUGACAGGUACUUGUGUGACAAAGUUGUCCCUGGGAACAGAGUCACUAUCAUGGGCAUCUACUCCAUCAAGAAGUCUGCCCAGAGCAAAAACAAAAGCCGUGACAAUGUGGGCGUGGGCAUCCGAAGUGCUUACAUCCGUGUGGUGGGCAUCCAGGUGGACAUGGAGGGCUCAGGACACAGCUUUGCUGGCUCAGUGACCCCACAAGAAGAGGAGGAGCUUCGUCGCCUCACUGCCAUGCCCAACAUCUAUGAGACCAUUGCCAAGAGCAUUGCGCCCUCCAUCUAUGGCAGCACCGACAUCAAGAAGGCCAUUGCCUGCCUCCUCUUUGGAGGCUCUCGCAAGAGGCUUCCAGAUGGACUGACUCGCAGAGGAGACAUCAACUUACUGAUGCUGGGUGACCCUGGCACGGCCAAAUCGCAGCUGCUGAAGUUCGUCGAGAAGUGUUCGCCCAUCGGGGUGUACACCUCAGGAAAAGGCAGCAGUGCUGCUGGCUUGACAGCCUCUGUCAUCCGUGACCCUUCCUCCAGGAGUUUCUUCAUGGAAGGAGGAGCUAUGGUGCUGGCAGAUGGUGGAGUGGUGUGCAUCGAUGAGUUUGACAAGAUGAGGGAGGAUGACCGUGUGGCCAUCCAUGAGGCCAUGGAGCAGCAGACCAUCUCCAUUGCUAAGGCAGGAAUCACAACCACGCUCAACUCCCGCUGCUCAGUGCUGGCAGCUGCCAACUCUGUCUUUGGGCGCUGGGAUGAGACCAAGGGUGAGGAGAACAUUGAUUUUAUGCCCACCAUCCUGUCCCGAUUUGACAUGAUCUUCAUUGUCAAGGAUGAGCACAACGAGCAGCGAGACAUGACUCUGGCCAAGCACGUGAUGUCCUUACACGUCAGUGCUUUGACGCAGACCCAGGCCGUGGAGGGAGAGAUAGAGCUGAACAAGCUGAAGAAGCUCAUCUCCUUCUGUCGAACGAAAUGUGGCCCUCGGCUGUCCGCAGCAGCAGCAGAGAAGCUGAAGAACCGCUACAUCUUGAUGCGGAGCGGCACUCGCCAGCACGAGCAGGAGAGCGACCGCCGCUCCAGCAUCCCCAUCACUGUCCGGCAGCUAGAGGCCAUCGUACGCAUUGCUGAGUCCCUGGCAAAGAUGAAGCUUCAGCCCUUUGCCACCGAGGCUGAUGUUGAGGAAGCCUUGAGGCUCUUCCAGGUGUCCACGCUUGAUGCGGCCAUGUCAGGCAGCCUGUCAGGGGCAGAAGGCUUCACGACACAGGAGGACCAAGAGAUGCUGUCCCGCAUUGAGAAGCAGCUGAAGCGCCGCUUCGCCAUCGGCUCUCAGGUGUCAGAGCACAGCAUUGUCCAGGACUUCAUGCGGCAGAAAUACCCAGAACAUGCCAUUUACAAAGUGCUGCAGCUGAUGAUGCGGCGGGGGGAGAUCCAGCACCGCAUGCAACGCAAGGUCCUCUACCGCAUCAAGUGACCUCCCUGUCCUACCCCCAGGAGGAAACUGCUACUGCCUUACACCAGCCUGUGGGGACAGAGAGCUCUGUGGGGUUGGUGCCUGCUCCUGGAAGAAGCUUUUCCUUGGGGAGCCAAACAACCCCCCAGAAACUCUAUCUUGAGACCAGGGUUGGGGGUGGUCAGGGUUGCCCUUGGGUACAUUGUCACUGUGUCACAUCAGUGUUUCUUUAAACU